AUGAGCAUCUACAUGAGAGUGCAUAACCUGGAUGUGUGUGCUGUGCUGGACAGUGCGGCUCAGAAAAGUGUGCUACCACUGUUCUAUUACAGUGCCUUCCACCCUGCCGAGCGGCCUCCACUCCAGCAGUCAAUCACAAAGACUCUGCUUGGUAUCGGGCCUGGUGAUGUGCCUGUGCUCGGUGAGGCUGUACAGAUCAAUCGCCAUGAAGUGAGUGUGCACUUCCUAGUGGCUGAUGUAGCCACUAACGAUGCUCUGCUGGGCCACCCAUUCUUGGUUCAAGCCAAAGCACAUCUGGACUAUGAAAAUCAGAAGAUAGUGCUCUUUGAGCUCCAUGCCCAGAGCUCCACUGAACUUAAACCAGAAGAGCGGCUCCAGCUAGCCCAGCUCCUACGCACUUAUGCGAGCAUGUUCUCCACUGGCCCCAGUGACCUUUGCUGCACCGGCCUGGUGCAGCAUGACAUUGUAACCCGACCUGGCACUCCAGUUAAGCAGCCACCACGUCGGAUGGCAGCUGAAAAACAACAAAGUGCAGACAAGCAAAUUCAGGACGGAUUAGAGGCGGGAGUGGCCCGCCGCAGCCAUAGCAGUUGGGCUUCCCCAAUAGUGAUGGUGCGUAAAAAGUAUUGGACGUACCAUCUCUGCAUAGACUACAGAGCCCUAAAUGACACCACCAUCAAGGAUGCAAAUCCGCUGCCCCGCAUCCAAGACACACUCGACACCCUCUCUACCGCCAAAUGGUUCAAUACACUGGACCUCGCUUCCGGCUACUGGCAGGUCGAGUUGACCCCCAGGGCACGUACGGCAGCCGCCUUCUGCACCAGAAAAGGACUUUUUGAGUGGAAUGUCAUGCAGUUUGGACUGUGCAAUGCACCAGCAACAUUCCAGCGGCUGAUGGACCAUGUCCUGACUGGUAUACAGUGGGAGACCUGCCUGGUGUACUUGGAUGACAUAAUUGUGCUGGGCAGGAAUGUGGCAGAGAUGUUGCAGCGUUUAGGCCAGGUUUUUGACCGUCUUUGCCAGGACAACCUGAAGUUAAAACCUGACAAAUGUUGUCUCUUCCGCCGUCAGGUGGCCUACUUGGGCCACAUCGUUUCAGAGGAUGGUGUAGCCACUGACCCCAGCAAGAUCCAGAAGGUGAAAGAGUGGCCAACACCUAGAUCAACCCAGGAGGUACGUCAGUUUGUAGGCCUUGCCUCAUACUAUCAGCGUUUUGUGAAAGACUUUGCUGCUGUGGCUGAACCCCUCCGUGCCCUUAAUAAGAAAUAUGCCCGGUUUCAGUGGAGUGCAGAAUGCCAGGCAGCAUUUGAUGAACUCAAACACCGGCUGACCACAGCACCUGUCCUGGGCUAUCCACUUGACCAAGGUGACAUGAUACUGGACACUGAUGCGAGCGAUGUGGGCAUCGGUGCUGUGCUUUCACAAACCCAGCAGGGCAAAGAGCACGUAUUAGCAUAUGGGAGUCGCAAGUUGUCAAAAACUGAGCGGAAUUACUGCACCACACGGCGUGAGCUGCUGGCCAUGGUGGAGUUCACAAGACAUUUUCGGCAGUAUCUCCUGGGGCGGCCCUCCAGUCUUUGGUGGCUCACAAGGCUGAAAGAACCUGAGGGACAGCUCGCCAGGUGGUUGGAAAGGCUUGCUGAAUACGACUUGGAAAUUGUCCAUCGCCCCGGCCGGUCGCACACAAAUGCUGAUAGCCUCUCUAGGAGACCAUGCCGCCAGUAUUGUCCAUGUAGGCUUCCAGACCCUUCCCUUUACUCGGAGAAUGUCAGUCAUCAAGCUGUGCAGUGCGACUUGGACUCUGACAUCAACCAGGUGAUGUUGAGCCCAGUGGGGGUAGAGGGACCCACAGCUCCCACAGUAGCAAAUCCAGUGGGGGCACACAAGGAAAUCCCAGCUGAUGUGCAUGAGGAGCUGCAGCAGGCUCAGAAGGCUGAUCCAGAUAUUGCACCUAUCAGGGCAUGGAUGGAGGCCAGUGAAGAAUGGCCACUCUGGCUAACAGUCUCAGCGCACAGCCCAGCCACAAAGACAUAUUGGAGCCAGUGGAAGCGGCUCUACAUCAGAGAUGGGAUACUGGUCAGGCGUUUCUACUACCUAGAUGAUACCCAGUUCUACCCACAGGUUGUACUCCCUCAGGCCCUUCGAUCAGAUGUCAUGAGACAGAUGCAUGAGGGGCAGAAUGAGAGAGGACGUUACCUCUGGUGCAGUACCUGUAUCAGCUGUGCAGCCAAAGCCAGGCCCCAGAAGACACCGCAGGCACCUAUGGGCACUGUCAGAGUUGGAGCCCCAUUGGAACGCAUUGCCUUGGACAUCAUGGGACCAUUGAAUGAGACAGAGCGUAAACAGUCAUUUGUGCUUAUGAUUCAGGACUAUUUCACAAAGUUUGUGGAAGCUUUUCCCCUGCCUGACCAGCAGGCUGUGACUGUGGCCAGAGUGUUGGCCUCAGACUGGGUGUGCCGUUAUGGAGUGCCACAGACACUGCACAGUGACCAAGGCUGAAAUUUCGAAUCAGAGGUGUUCCAGGAAAUGUGCAAAUUGUUCGGCAUUGAGAAGACACGCACCACACCCUUUCGACCUCAGUCUGAUGGCCAAGUUGAGAGAUGUAACACCACCUUGUUAAAGAUACUAGCGACUACGGCUGAGCGCUGCCAUUGGGACUGGGACCUCAUGAUCCCCUAUGCUGUAAUGGCCUACAGAGCAACAAAGCACAGCGCAACUGGUUUCACUCCCAACUUCAUGAUGUUUGGCCGGGAAGUGAGCGAACCGGUGGAUCUGGUGGCUGGCCUGCCCCCAAGCACUGAUACAGCCCCCUCAGUCCCCGAAUUUGUCCAACAGACCCGAGAGCGCCUGGAACUAGCUCAUCAAAUUGCCAGGGACGUCCUUGGUGAGUCGGUGCAACGUGCAAAGAGACAAUAUUACAAAAACUGCUGCUGCACACAGUACCAGAUUGGCGACGCUGUGUGGUAUCUAAUCAAGGGCACCCGGAAAGUCAGGAACAGGGUUAAGAAAUUCCUGCCAUCCUAUGAGGGCCCUUACUUCAUCUUGGGGCAUUUGGACGAUCUGGUGUAUCGCAUCCAGAAAGGCUCGAAGACCAAAGUGAAGGUAGCUCACCAUGAUCAAUUGAAGCCAUACCGCUGCCGUGACCUACUGGACAACACUUGGGCUCUGGAACGGGCUUGCAACUGGGCACCUGUGGAGGUGUCACCCCCCGACGUUGAGCGAGGAUCCUGCAGACUAUACCCUUGGUUUGACUCAACUGUUCGACAGCAUCAACACCGCAGCUGGCAAGGCCCCCGACUGCAACUCUUCAGAUCCAGCCAUGGUCACCACACCUAUUCCCUCCACCCUGCCUCCGGACUCGGCUGCUCCCCUUGA